AUCCCGUCUUGGUAACACCUUACAUCAUGCGGGCCCACAUGCCCUCCAUUAGCUACAUUAGCUAGGACACAACAACAGGCGAGGGGGGCCUUCGUCCCAUCGCGUACAGCCAGCCUGCGGAUGGGGAACCUACCCGCCACGGUGAAGCAUUGCCUGAGCUUUGAGCAACUCACCCAGGAUUAUCCAUGGAUAAAACACUGGCUGCUGGACGGAGAGACUGCUUCAGAGUAUCCCCAGUUUGUCAAGAUUGUUGAAGUAGGGCCCAGAGAUGGUCUUCAAAAUGAAAAGGAAAUUGUUCGGACAGAGGUGAAAAUCCAGCUGAUAGACAUGCUCUCGGGAUCAGGCCUGCGUGUGAUCGAGGCCACCAGCUUUGUCUCCUCAAAGUGGAUACCGCAGAUGGCUGACCACACGGAAGUUCUCACAGGGAUCCAGAGAGUGCCUCGUGUUCAGUACCCAGUAUUGACACCCAACAUGCAAGGCUUUCAGGAUGCGGUUGCAGCUGGCGCUACUGAAAUUGCAGUGUUUGGGUCGGCGUCUGAGACCUUCAGCGUGAAAAACAUUAAUUGCUCUAUUGAAGAAAGCAUGCUAAGGUUUGAAGAGGUUGUCAAGAGUGCCAAAGAGCGAGAUAUUCCAGUUCGCGGAUACGUUUCUUGUGCCCUUGGUUGCCCUUACGAGGGAAACAUAGAACCUACCAAAGUUGCAGAGGUGGCAAAGCGGUUAUAUGAGAUGGGAUGCUACGAGGUCUCUCUGGGGGACACCAUUGGCGUGGGCACUCCCGGUUCCAUGCGGAAAAUGCUGCAGUGUGUGUUAAAGGAGAUUCCGCCCAGCGCUCUGGCAGUUCACUGCCAUGACACAUACGGGCAAGCGUUGGCAAACAUCCUCACCGCACUUCAGAUGGGGGUGUGCGUGGUGGACUCUGCAGUGGCCGGCCUGGGAGGUUGCCCGUAUGCUAAGGGAUCAUCUGGCAAUGUUUCAACAGAGGAUGUCCUCUAUAUGCUCCACGGCAUGGGCAUCGACACUGGGGUAAACCUUGCCAAAAUCCUGGAGGCAGGUGACUUCAUCUGCAAUGCUUUACGUCGCAAGACAAACUCCAGAGUUGCUCAGGCAAGAAGCAGGAUGCUAUGAUCUUGUUUCUGACAUAUAUUUGACUGGAUUUCCUGUACUGUAAGUGCUCUCAUUAUUGCUGCUGCCUUUAAAUUUGCCUAUGUUGACGGAAGUUUGCCUCGUUUUUUGGUCCUGCAAUAACAUGUCUGACAGUCAUUUAAAUAACCUCAUUCUGUUUCCUCAUACCCACACAUUGAUAUCAACCAGUAUUUGAAUUGUGGUUUGCAAUAUCAAUUAUAUUAAAAUUAGGGCUGUCAAUUAAUCUGAUUUUUACAAAUCAGAUUAAUCACAUUUUGGAAUUUGGAUUAAUCAUAAAUAAUCACAGGCGAUUACUCGCUUGUAUAAUUAACAAUUGCUUACGAAAAGACCCCAAUAUUUCAUAUGCAACUUUAUUGUCAGAAUAUCAUCCAGGAAUGUUUUUAAAAGUUUUAAUUAAAUGCAUGUCAUUUAUUUGCACAGAACUUGGUGACAGUGUUAUUAAAAGUUCUUACAGGCUGUAUUUUAGUGUGAAAUUUACCAGCAAGGCAUCACGGUGGUACAGUGGUGAGGGCUCGUGCCUCACAGCGAGAAGGUUUUGGGUCUUUUUCUGAGUUUGCAUGUUUUCCCAGUGACUGCGUGGGUUAUUUCUCCCGACUCCAAAGACAUGCGACCCCGAAAGGGACAAGCGGUAGAAAAUGAAUGGAUGGUUUUACCAGUCAGCACAACAGUCGGGGUCUCCUCGCUCAACUUUGUACGGACGUAUGCAUUGAAUUGAUCGCCGACAGUCUAGCGCUUAAAGUAAAAGACCAUGAAACGGACAAAAGAAAUUGCAUGAUUACGGUAAUCAAAGUUUGUUCAUAAUUAAUGCAAUCAUUUUUUGUCAAUCAAUUAAUCAAUCAAUGUUUAUUUAUAUAGCCCUAAAUCACAAGUGUCUCAAAGGGCUGCACAAGCCACAACGACAUCCUCGGUUCAGAUCCCACAUCAGGGCAAGGAAAAACUCAACCCAAUGGGACAAUGAGAAACCUUGGAGAGGACUGCAGAUGUGGGGACCCCCGCCCCAGGGCAACCGGUGCAAUGGACGUCGAGUGGAUCUAGCAUAAUAUUGUGAGAGUCCAGUCCAUAGUGGAUCUAACAUAAUAGUGAAUUAUUAUUUGUGAAUAAUCAAAUAAGGUAAUUCGUUAAUUUUGACACCCUAAU